GUGAGUUGCUCACCUCCAGCGUGUAGGUGAAAAAACUCAAUCGCAAUAUCUUUAAUUAAAUAAAUUAAUACAUGUACAAAUAAAAGAGCGCAGUGACUAAUCGGCCAACAAAAGGCUAGAGACGUCAAUGACGUGCAAGUAAAACGCAAUGAAAUAGUGAACGCAUCAACAACAGCGUCCAACAACAACGACAACAACAGCGACACAACUACAACAAAAUGCAUUUCUCAAUACCAGACACACAGGAACAGUAUGCGGAUGGGAGCGGUGGCUCGCCCACAUACACGGUAUACAAUAUCUACAUUAAUGGUAACUAUCAUUGCUGCUUGCGCUACAAGCAGCUGCACGCGUUGCACGAACAGCUGCGUAGGCGUUGCGCGGACGCCGCCUUGCCGCCAUUCCCACCCAAGCGACUGCUGCCAUUGAGCAACAGUCAGCUGGAGACUCGACGUGCCGCACUGGAGCACUAUUUGCAGAUCAUUGGCCAGGAUGCGGGAAUCGCACGCCUCCCAUACUUGCAACAGUUUUUGCAGCGCGCUCAAUUGGACACGGCGCUGGCCGAGUGCUCUGUGGGUCGCGAGGAUGAGCAACAGCAGCUCCAGGUGGAGGUGUAUAGUGGCUGGGCACCAGGACCGGGAGGAGGAAGUGGUGUGCAAUUGCUGGUCAAUUGUCAUGUGCAGCAGAAUGCAAGCGCUCUGCUGCAGUCCGUCUGCCGCAUGCUGCAGCUGCCCGACGAACUAAUGCAAUUCUUUUGUUUGUAUCUCAUGAGACAUGUGGAGGCACCCGAAGAGAGAGCCUCCUCCUGUUCCUCCACACCUGAUGAUCCGUCCGCCGUGCUGCUACUGCGUCGCCUGAUGGACUUCGAAUCGCCCUACAUUUCGCGCAUGCAUGCGCAGCCCUGUCAAUUGCUCUUGCGCACGUGCUAUUGGAACUCACGCUGGGAUGCCAAGCUGCUGGGCAACAGUGUCGCACUCAACCUACUCUACAAUCAGACGCUGGCGGAUGUGGCUCGCGAAUGGAUCAUUUGUACGCCCGAAAUGCGACGGGAGUUGUGCAGUUUGCAACUGCAGUCGCGGCCCUUGCAAUAUCUGGAGCUAGUGCGUCAACUGCCCUCCUAUGGCUGUCUGCAGUUCGGCGCCGCGCAAGUGGACUAUCCGGAGCUGGACACCACAGCGCUGGUGACCAUUGGUAAUCGGGAGCUAAGCCUACGCACGGCACGCGGUGCCAAGAUUUAUGAGACCAAAUUCCGGGUCACACGGAUGCGAUGCUGGCGAGUGAGUGCGAUGCAUAAUACGUACGAGUCGCGGGACCAGCCCACGCAGCUGCAGUUGUCCUUUGAGUAUCUCAUGUCGAAGCAAACACUCCGCUGGAUAACUAUCACCAGCCAGCAAGCGAUGCUGAUGUCUGUGUCCCUGCAGGCGAUGGUCGAUGAGCUGCUGCAUAGCGACAGCAAUGGCAGCAAUGGUGGCGGCGGCGGCAGCGAUGAUGAGCAGGAGGCGAGCACCUCACGUGGCGCAUCGGAAUCGACCACAUCGACGCCCAGUUCCGUUUCUUCGUCCUGCACCACAACAUCAGGCACAUCGACCACAAUGACGCCGCCGGUUAAGUUUCUAGCUCAACGCUCCAAGCAGCAACACAAGCUGACAACGGCUCGCACCUUUGCGGCUGUUUUCUUUCGCAAUGACGACACGGCUGCGUCCGUGCGCAACGAAGCAUUCGAGGGCAUUGGCGAUGAUGAUCUGUAAUCUCUACGUAUGUUAAAUUCCUGGCGCAACUGGAAAACAAUCGAUCAGCAAUGCACUCUCCAUGUAAGAAUGUUGUCACAUUAAUUUCCAAUAUCAUUGGCUAUCCUUGAUAUACUCUCGAUGUAAGAAUGUGGUCACCUUAAUUUCCAAUAUCAUCCUUGAUAUACUUCAGUUUUACUACUUCGACAACAGCUAAUGGGAGUGCUGCUUCAAGGUUCUCAAUUGUUUCCCAGCAGUGCUGUAAUAAUAUGUUUGUGUAUGUUAUAAAUGUAAAAUAAUUGUUGUUUACUUCAGAUCGUAAACAACGCAUCGCCAAAAUAGUUUAUUUUUAAAGAAAUUGAAACUAUUAGCACAAAUCUAACUGUUAUUCGUAAUACAUAUACAUAUGUUAUGCAGCACAAAGGCAUAAAAUUAUAUGUUAUCACGAAUCAAACAGUAAUUUACCUACAUAUAUACCUUCCCUUACCUUGGUGCUGCCAAAUCUAAUGACGAAAAAAAAUUUUAACUAAUGUGCAUUUUAUUAUGUUAAAGACAAAAGUAGGUUUUAUUAUCGAAAUACAUAUGAGAUGGUCAUAUUGUCGAAAUGAUAAUUGAUUAAAA